AUGCUAUUGUCGUAUCUUCUACUAGGGUCGUUUUACAUUACUGCCUCGAGUAAUGUAACAACAUAUUUGUGUGGAGAACCGCCAGAUCAGUAUUACUCUAGUACACGUAGGUUGAUUCAGGAUUUAUAUGAUAUAUGGGUUUAUCUCGGGUUUUAUACAUCGUAUCACGCUACAAUAACGCAAAAAAUACUUUAACAACUUUUUUACAUUAAACUUCACUACCGUUUCCUACAAUACUCAUUUGUAGCAUGCCUAUCCCCUCUGGCAAUACGACAAACCUACAACUCAUGCCCUCAAGAUACGACCCAAAUAGCUGAAUGUAACGGUAACAACGUCUUCUGUAGCGGCCUUAGUAGCAACGGUAAUCAGAUCCCUGGAGUAUGUUACAAUGGAGCUUGUUGUGCCAAUGUAAACCCAGUAGAUUGCCUCAAUAAUCAAGGUAUAACAACUCCUUUACGGUGUCAAUCUCAGUGUCCUCAACUGGCACCGUGUGACGGUACUUCUGGCUACUGUUGUCUCCACAAAUCCAGAAUCAAUGGGCUUUGCCCUACUGGUACCAUGAACUCAGGUAUGUGUACCCAACCCAACUCCUACUGUUAUGUCAACGGAGUUCAAGGAACAUGUACCUCCAACUACGUAUGUUGUACCAACACUCAGCAGUCACAGUGUCCUACAGGUUCACGGCCUUCUGGUACUCAAUGUCAGUUCAACAAUCAGAACUGUUACGCCCUCACCUUGAGAGGUAUAUGUGUGAGUAACCAAUGUUGUGUGUACAGCCAAGAUCAACCACAAUGCUCUGGAGGAGGCACGGUAGUUGGGAAUGGAAACUGUAACCAAGACUACGAGUGUCAACAGGUCCAGCAAAUGUCAUAUUGUGAUAGAAACAUUGGCAGAUGUUGUGCCUUCUCUCAGCAAUGUCAAACUGGAGAGACAGCUCAAGGAACUUGCAACAACAACAUGAACAACCAGCAGUGCCAGUCUGGAAACAGCUACGGAAUCUGUAGAAGUGGCAUCUGUUGUGUAUAUCAAUGUUCAUCUACCCAGUCAAGAUAUAAUGGCCAGACUUGUACCACACAGAACCAGUGUAGGACCAACAACUACAAUGACGUAGCUACAUGUGAAAAUGGGCAUUGCUGUAUAUCGACUAACAACAUCAACCAAUGUCCGUACGGUACGAGCAUCAACUACAACAUACGAUGUUCACGUGACUCUGAAUGUCCUGGAAGCACGUUGGGACGAUGUGUCAACAACUACUGCUGUGUAGCUCAGAACUCGAACGGAGAGAGUGUUUGUCGAGGCUACGGUAUGUCAUACACCGGCUACAACUGUCAAGGCAACACAAACAUAUGUAGUAGUCAAACACAAACGAGCGCUGUGUGUCACGAUGGAUAUUGUUGUAGUUACGGAGGAGUAAACCCGGGGAAUGGUGUUGGUAAGUUAACUUGAUGAGGUAUUAACGUAGUGUUUAGGAUACUGUUACAAUGGAGAAGCAUCACAGAAGUUGUGUAGAUACCGUAAUGACUGUGGUAGCGAUCAGCUGUGUGUCAAUGGACUAUGUUGUACUCAUACUGGCAAUGAAUGGAAGUGUAAGUACUUCUUUAAACUAGGGCAUUACUUGCUUUAGAAUACUAUUCUAUGAUUGCUACAUGAGUUUGUAGUCGGUAAUGAAUAAUAUUUUGAAAAAGUUAUCUUGACUACCCACAACUUUUGACACAAACCAUAAAAAUACAAUUAAAAUAACUAUAACAUAACAAAAUAAACUAUAACCUCCAUAACAUAACUCAACUUACAGUUGCUUGUGCCGGAAUUACGGCCGUAGCCAGUUGCACGCUACAAGGAACGUGCUCCAACCAGAUGUCAUGUACAUCUUCCAACUACUGCUGUGAGUGUCCUUAUGGUCAAUCGAGUGGGUCUUGUCAACACGGAUGUCCUAUUGGCUAUACAUGUGCUACAAAUGGGUACUGUUGCCCAUCAUGUGCCAAUGGCAGAGAACCAGUCGGUUCUUGUUAUGAAAGUAGAUGUUCUGGUCAAAAUAGGUGUAGUCCCGGUAAUAUAUGUUGUCCCGCAUGA